AUGAGGUUCAGUGGUUUUGAUGGAUGUAAUACUAUGAGUGGUAUUCAAACAGACUAUGGUGUACUCCGUCUGUCAAAUAAUGUCGGGCUCAUUGACUGUCAGUGUGUUUUCCAUUUAUAUGCUUUCAGGUAUGUCUGUAUUCUGGAUACAUUGGACUCACUGUAUGCAGCGAGGAGGGAGCCAGAGUUGAUGGGAAUACGAUUGUGUCUGACCAAUCAUACAACUGUAGCCACUAUUCUACUGCUGACUGGCAUACUCAAGCCAGUGAACAUGUUGUCGUUAUAUUUGCAAGAAGAGAAUAUCAACUUCACAACACUACCAGAGCAUGUGAAGAACAGAACUGAGGAACUGCAUGGGCUAGUGGAGAAAUACAGGAAUUUGCAAACUAGUGACACUGAAUUUACCAAAUGUAUGAUGCUCUUCGGCGAGAUCCAGGACAGGACGAACCUGGAGAGGAGAGUGAGAGAGUGCGGCAGACAGUAGGCUAUAACACCAGAAAGUUACCUACAAGAGACUGACAGGUUUGUUAUAUGCUAACUUUAUGAUUUUGAAACUGAUAACCUAUUUGCCUGCCUCCGACUGAGAAUCUUUUUCUUGUUCAAAGCUUUCAAGAUGAAUAACUGACAUAUUUAUGAUAAUGUUUAAUUGAUGGAAAU